AUGACGGAGAGAAGGACAAGCACCCACAGUACAAAUUCGGGCCUAUACCCUCGGGACGAGAGACGUACAUCUACAAGAUCAACUCGAGGUGUCGGUGGCAUCCCGCAAUUACCCAGUUUACGAUUAGGAUCUUUGCCCUCUAUUCACGUCGAUCCAGGCAGUCCCAUGACAAUGGGACCUACAGAGGAGGAAGGUCAUAGUCCACAUAGCCAAACCCAUUUCGGUUAA